AUGCACACCUGGCUCCUUUCCAAUCUCUCCCCAGCGAGCAUCAGCAUCCUCUACAUGUCCAUCUGCACCGUUGUCAGUUGCAUGGUGACCGUCGUCCUCGCCAUCUCCUUUCACUGGGCCGCGAGCGAGCCCGUCAGCAACAACGACCAUGUCCACUUCAUACUCAGCGUGGGCCCUUCAGUCCGAUUCGGCUUUCGCUGGGGAUGGUACUUCCACACCGCAUUCUCCUGGAUAUACGUUGUCUUCGUCACCUUUACGAUGACGGCUGAGACGCAUGCGCUGAUCAAUUUUAUGAAAGCGAACACGGCUUGGAUUGCGGCUUGCUUUGUGGUGGGAUGUGCUUGGGUGUUUGCCGCUCGUCGCCAACGCCGAUCGACGCCCAGCGCGGCCUUCCAAACGAUCCUAGACGCCGAACGUCCGGUCCCUACACUCAUUCCAACGUCAGCAAACACUCAUUCAGCAUUCUCAACACGAAAGAGCAAGAAGUAA